CAUCCAGUCUUUCAAUUUCUUCUUCUUCUUUCUUAGAAACUCAUUCAAACUAUUGAUGGCAGCACCGUUCGUCGAAGAGCACUCGGUUGCCCUUCCGUCGCCUGCGAACGUGUACAGUCUGUGCAUCAUUCACCAUCCGACAUGUACCAAGGUGCUCGUUGCUUCGCGCACCGGUCGCGUCACCUGCAUUGACACGGCGCGAGCGGAUCCGCCUCGCCCGGACGCCCAGGACAGCACCAACGCAGUCCAUGCGCAUGAUGCCACGACAUUGCCGAGUAUCGUCGGGACGGAAGGGCCCUGGUCGGCGGUCGACGUGCCGUUCACGUACAUCCCAAGCGACGCCGACAUUGUGUCGAUUGACGCGUUCUGCACUUCUGGACAAUCCGGAUCUGGAAUGGGAUCUGGAAUGGGAUCUGGAAUGGGAUCAGGAACGGGAUCAGGAACGGGAUCCGGAUUGGUUGCCGGCGUUACGAUUGGAAUCACAUUUACCAAGCCGAGUACGCAGGGGCUGCCAAGCCAAUCGUACCUGAAUGUGUACGGAGCAACUACACACCGAUCAUCGCCGACAGUUGACAUUGAGAAGCUUGCUGGUGAUUGCCAGGCUAUUCCAAUCAUGUUCACUCCGUUCAAGUUACAACACACAGAAUUGGUUAUUGAUGGCAAGAGUCAGACCGUGUUCCUCCUGGGCGGGAGCGAUGGCAAGAUGCACAUCUUUUGCGAAGACAGCACCAACUCAACCUUUUACGAGUCGGGCGCGAUUGAUUUUUCGUCCAUUUCCGGUCCGAUUCUUUCCAACAUCACGACGUUGGACUUGAAAACCGCGGGGAGCGAACGCAUGUGUGCCUUUGGAACUCAAUCCGGCCAUGUGCAGCUUUGCCGAUCUGCUAUUGACGCGAGCUCCAGUCCUGCACAAUUUGUAACUUCGGUAUCGUUCGAUGGACCGAUUUCUAGCGUUAAAUUGUUCACCACCCGCUCUCAGGAGCGCAGAGCAAGUGGUGUACACCCUGAUUUAAAGCUUCAAGAUUUGGAGCAACCACGCGACGAUCCCAUCUCGCUUCUAGUGACGUGUUGUCUCGGCCCUGCUGUUGUAUACUUCGACGUGUCAAAGAAUGGCCUGGACUGUCCCAUUGUCCUGCCGGACUCGGACUUUUUUGAUGCAACGCUGUGCUCGCUCGUCGCAGAUGUCGAUUUUGAUCAUCAAAACGAGCUUCUGCUUGGCACUUAUGGGCAGCAGGUGCUGUGCUACAAGAUUAUUGGCUAUGAAGACGGAGUCCCAGAAUACUCGAGAGUAUGGCGACGAGGAUUUGCGCGUCCAGUCUAUUGCCUCGAAUAUGUCGAUUUGACGCGCGACGGCAUGCGGGAGCUUGUUGUGAUUUCGACACUUGGAGCGCACGUUUUGCAGCAUGACCUAGACCACGUUCGAGACCGAUGCCGCGAAGCGUUGGGCCUACUGAAGGAACUCAUGACACUCAGGCGUCGCAAGGCGAGCGUGAUGAGUGCAUAGUGAUCUUGAUAGUUAUGGUUUUGUAUUAGUUUCAAAUAGAUUGACAAUCUAUUGAUAGAACAAA